AUGUACAGAUCAUUUGUCACAUGUGAUGAUCCGAAAGGAGUUGUAGAAUGUGGAAUAAUUAGAAAAUCCAAGAGGGCCUCCCUGAAAAUGGAAGAUAAGUUUCUCAGUAGCAGAACAAAGAAGAAUCCAAAAUCAAACGCAUCUUUGGCAUACAAGGAAAAGAAAGAAGAUAUGGUUUUCAGGGAGAUUACAGAAGAGUAUCAGAUUCCAUCUUCAUUUCAGCUCCUGGAGGUCUCCAGAGGAGCUCAGAAGCUGAACCAGUUAAUUGAUUCAUUGUCUAAAGGGCUGAGCUAUGAUGGCCUGUCUAAAGAUAUUGCAAAGGAGUUGUUGAAAGGAGCUCUUGAUCUGCAAGAUUCUUUAACCAUGCUUGGCAAGUUACAUGAAGCUUCACAGUGUAUGCCUCAGUUGAAGAAAAACCAGGAGAAACCAGAAAGAAGAAAAUAUGAUGACGUGGGGAAUCACAGAAGAGAUUCAUAUCUAUCUGGAGAUCAAAAUCACCAACUGGGAUUUCAAAAAGCAAGGCUUUCAGCUGAUGGGUCAUCAAAAGAUGACAUUGAAGAGCUCAGGAAUGCAAUUAGAGACGGCUUUGCUAGGCAAAAUUUGUUGCUGAACACAUCUACCCAAGAGAGGACAAAUUCUGAUAGCCCCUCCACUAGCUCAAGCCAAUUGUCAGUGAUUCAGUCCAACGAUACUCAUUCUUCUGACUCAUCUGUACCACAAACAGCUUUGCAGAAGAAGGUUAACGGCCCAAAUGUGAUCGCCAAGCUAAUGGGUUUGGAAGAUAUCCCCUCAAAGAAAUUGAUGCAACCUCCAGAGAGACGGUUAUAUGUGGAGAAGAGUUUGAGUCAGCGGAGACUGACCUGUGACAUUGGGAUGCCAAACCUAAGGAAGUCUCAAUCCAUAAUACAUUCAGAGAGGACACUGAAGGAAUUACUUGAAAAUGUGCAAUCUCAGGGAUUCUUGAAAAGUAGUUCUGCCAAAAAGUCCCAGUCUCAUCAAUCCAGUGAUUUCCAUUCUGAACAAAGGUCAUUCAAUAAUAUUCGACCAAUUGUACUUGUAAAACCUCUGUGUGUUCCCUACGUAGAAUCAGAAUGGACGUGUGCAUCAAUUGUUUGGGGAGAGAGAGCUUUGAACACAAAACUGAUGCCGAGAAAAAUGAAAAUGAAAGAAGUGUUUGCUUCCAGAUCAAUAGAUAACAAAGAAGAGGUUUUGAAUGCCAUCAAAAUGCAAUGCAGAAUAGAAGCAAACAGGACUCCGAUCAAAAGGGUAAUCCAGGAAGGAGCAAAGGAUGACAUAGAGGUAGUUGUGAUGCUAGAAGAGCAAGAACUCAGAACGAAAGAGGCUUCAAAUGUGAAGAAGAAGCACAGGAAAGUGGAAGCAGAGAACGCUCCGGUGAAAAGAUUUAGCUUUGAAGACAGAGCUAAGGACCAAAACAGGGUAGUUGCAAGAGCUGAGGAGAUAGAAGUCAAGAAAAAUAUGAAGGAUUCUUCUAUAACAGAAGGCUCUAAUUUCGCAACUCGCCAACGACAGAAAAAAGAAAGAACAGAUAAGGAAUUAGUUAAGGUUCAGAAGGUGGUGGCCAGUAGCAGAAAACCAGCAGAGGAGGAAAUUGUGAAGGCUAAAAUUGUGUCCGGAUCUCAAAAUCAAUCCAAGAUAACCUCCACCAAGCUGAGAAAUCCUGAAAAUGGACCAGUCACUGUAAAUCAGCAUAUUUCACAGCACCAAACUUCCACUAGAAAAACCAUCUCAAAGCUCACAACACAAACUACAUAUCGUAAUUCUAAGGAUCAGAAGCACAAGGAAAAGCAAGCCAGCAAGCAUAGAGUAGCUAAACCAAUUAUGGAAAAUUUAGAAUGCAAAGACCAUGAUGCGAGGAUUGAUCUCAUAUAUAAUGAUCACUCAGAAGAGGAAGGAUCCACCAUCACACAAGCCGAUCAACUAUCUAUAGAGGAGGAAGCAAAUGAUUCUAAAAUUCAAACCGAAGAGCAUUGUGGUGAUAACCAGAGUUCCUUUUCCAUUAUCACUAUUCGGACCUCUGAAUAUGGGAAGAAUGGUAAAUCUUCUGAAGAGGCAGAUGACCAAGCGACUAGCACUAGAACAUACACAAACUUCGAACGUGCAUGCCAAUUGAAAUAUUUGCUUUCAAGCAGUUCAUCAUUCAUAAACAUUGCAAGGGAGCUUUUUCGUCUCAAUAUGACUCAUCCUAAGAUCCUACAAACAGCUGUCAUACACAAUUCAGGAGAAACUGAUGCUAAACUCUCUUUAGAUUAUGCAAAUGAGUUCAUUCAACAUAAAUGCCUUCCAGAUUCACAAACAUGGUUUCCCCCGUUAUCUUAUAUGGGAGAUUCAAGAAUUCAACUCUCUCUAGAUCAGUUGGUAGAGGAAAUUUGUAGAGGAUUUGAAACUCUUAGAAGCUACCAAAGGCCUGCUUGUAACUGCCCUUUUACUGAUACUCUGUAUGCAACAUUGGAGAAUGAUAUGAGGUGCAAAGGUCUGGUGAGUGGAAUAUGGGAUUUGGAUUGGAGAAAUGGAUUCUCAGUUGAGGGAGUUGAGCAAGCUUUGACUGACUUAGAGAAGAUGGUAGUAAGUGAGUUGAUAGAUGAGGUCUUGUCAUGAUUUCUGCUUUAGAAUUUUGUGAUCAAGAAAUAGGCAAGAGCAGUAUCCUCUCAUUAAGUGACUUUCUUAAAAAUACAAGACCAAAGAGCCGAGUUCCUUGGCUAUAGCCAUCUUGUUAUUAGAACCUGUAUGAGGUUAAAGAUUCAUUAUGUCAUUGCAGUCAAGGCAAGAGGACCACACCACACGAUGUACACAACUGAGGCCAAAUUUGACAGCUAUGAUUGUUGAAUUGCUUGAGCACUUCCAUGAAUCUCGUACACAAAUGACUCCAAUUUCAUAUUCCAAACUAGCUUUAUUCUGCCUACUCAGCAACUGAACCUACAUUUUUCUGGCCGGAAUUAAGGUUUAAGAAUGUCAUGGAAGCUUCGUGUUCAAUUGCUGCAAAUUGCAACUUCUUGGUAAUGAGAGCUAUCUAACAUUCAGAACC